AUGCUUACAUAUGCAAGGUAUUGCCUUCUGCUCAUUUCCUUGGUCCAACCCGUCUACCCUGAGCAGAUUAUGGGCGUCUUUCUCUGGUCGUUUACUGCCUUUAAUGUUUUUCUGCUCAAUUCGGCUAUAAUGCCGAGUUUCUCUCAUGGUUUUGAUUAUCCGUCUCCCCAGCCCUGUGACCUCCAGGCCCCAAAAUGGCACAGUGAAGAUUUCAUUCGACUUCAUGCUUCUCGUAAUGAGAUUCACGCUCAUUUGGCUUGUGGUCUUCUACGUAAUCGGCCGUUGGUGGGUCACAAAACUACAGCUGAUACGGUUUCUUAUUCAAGCGGCCUGGGUAAAGAGAUGCCGGAACCUGAUUUGCUUCUAGCAAAGCCUCUUAUCCAUGACCUCUUCUAUUUGCUUCGGCCGGUUCAGAAUCAAGCACACUCUUUCUUCUUGACACCUGUUUUCUUAAAAGCAGAUUCCCUUCAAGAUGUGCAAAACAACUCUGUUCGGCUUUCAUUUUUGCGCCUUGCUCUCAACCUCGGCAAAAUAUGGCGCAGGCGAUGUCUUCGCAGGCUCCAUGCAUCUAAAAGUCUACCGCAUGGAUCACAGGAGAAAGUCAAAUUAGAGGUGCCUAUUCGAUCAAGACCUCUAUCUGCCUCGGAGCCCGAUGGCGGAGUUUUGUUUUCUAGGCAUUCUCUCAACACAGUAAUGCCUGUUUCAUCUUCUAUUUCCACCUCUGGAUCUCUGUCUGCUGUAUCCACUCUUUGUGAAUCUUCAUUCUCACCCUCAAUGAUAUCGACUGAAGCUCAAAGGAUUCCAAGUCUCGCGGCCUCGGGUAGUCCUAUUAACUAUGACCAAUGCCUGUCUGAUGGAAGAGGUGCCGGGGAAACAGGUUCUGGUGCCUUGACUGGUGAUACUGACUCUGAAAAUAACCUUCAAAUGGCUGAACGCGCGCUUGCUUCUGUCCAGUCAGCAAUUCAGUGCCUCGGAGUCGAAGUAUGUCUGACUAAACAUGGCCUCCUCUCGUUGAGUGGUGUUCAAUCUUGUUCGAUUCCUGAUGGGCACUCCGGAAAAACGAAUUGCGGACCAAGUGCCAGUAUUGGCACAGCCCUGAUAAAUCUGAUAAAUUCUGGAAUAUUGUCUAGGCGAGUUCCCACUCCAUAUUCUUGA